AUUAAACAAGAUAUAAGAAUAUUACUGCACUGAAUUGAAUGUGAUUGCACAAAACAUUGAUUAAAGAUUCAUUGCAUGAUUUCCUCAAAAUGGACUACAGUUCCAUACCAUGUUCAGACUGGAAUGAAUCCCAAGUUAGCUCAUGGUUACAGAGUAUUGGGCUGAAACCAGAGCACAUACAGAAACUUGAAAAAGAAGAGGUAACAGGACCUGUUCUUUUAACUAUAAAAAAAAAAUACUUGCAUGAAAUUGGUUUCCGAGGUGGCCAAAUACAGCUUUUGCUAAGUAAAAGAGAUGAGCUUUUACCGAAGUCAAAAAAUAAAUCCUGUCAUGAUGAAGCAGGCAGAAAGGAUGCAAAACCUUCUUCCGAUGAUGUUACUGAGUCUUCCGAUAAUGUUACUGAACUGGAACAAACAUGUUCACCUAGUGAUGAUUCUGCAACACAUGCAAAACCAGCAAGCAGGUUUCGAAAAUUUGAUGAUAAUGAUGAACAAUUCAGGUACAAAAGGAAUACUAUACUCCCGCCAGAGACAGGAAUAAACAAGAAUCUGAUCAUUCCAUGUCAUGAGUAUAAAUCUCUGGAAAAUGCUUGUAAAUUGGAAACAAGAAUACUGAAAGUCAAAUUUGCCAAUGAAGUUAUUCGAUUUGCUUGUGCAUGCAUGAAUAUGCGCGCAAAUGGCACAAUCCACUUUGGGGUCAUGGACAAGACAAAAACAUCCUACAAACAUGGAGAGAUAAUUGGAAUUGAAAUUGAAAACAAAGAGGAUUUUGAAGAUGCAUUAGACUACAUUGAAAAUAGUUUUCUAGCACAACAGCAAUCUGACGCCAGAAAGUGCAUCAGGUCUCCAAAAUUCAUUCCAGUAAUUGAUGAAAACAAUCAGACCGGCAAGUGGAUUGUGGAAGUUGAUGUAGUUCCCGCAGUGAAUGUUGUGAGGGGAAAACUAUACAGUGCCCAUAUUCCAAAAUUGAGAAAUGAGAAAGGCAGUGAUGUUGAAUACGAGCAAAAAGCUUACUAUCAUAGAGUAGGUGCUAACACACCACGUGUUACUGAGGAUGAACUUGUCAGUUUUAUUCAAGCACUUAAAGACCUUGACCAAACAAGAGAACAGGAAGAAAACUACCAGAAUCUGACACAGGUUCAUUUUAAAGAGGACCUAGGAAGAAAACUGUCUGUCCUUCUGACACGUGGCAAGAAAUACAUGGACAACACAUUGCGUUACAUCAUUGUGUCCAACAGAUUUGAUCAAGAAAACCUGCUGAACAUCAGAUUCCUUGCACACAUGAAUGUGUUUUGUGUUUUUGACUUUGAUCCUGACUCCAAAUCAUCUGGAUUUUGUCAUAAUUACCAAGAGCACCAUGCAGUAAACCUUCACUUCCUGCAGGAUUAUUGUCAUAAGGAGAACAUGACUUUGACUGACUUUGUUAAGAAGUUACAGCUCUUUGACAGAAGGAGCUGGAUUUUCUGCAAUGGCCGAAGUGAUUACAUUGGAGGUGAGGAUCCAUGUGAUGAAACGACCUGGAUCAAAAACAAGAAGAAGCUAUUGAAAAGAGCUAUAUCUGUUAUCUGUAAUGAAAUUCUCCCUAAAGGUUCAUUUGUGGUACUAUUCAUUCUCAUUUCUGAAGUUGAACAGCCCAUUGUUGACACUUUUCUUGAGUUCUAUUCUGAAAUGAGUGGAAAUGAAGACAUAGUUAUCAUCUCAGAGUCAAGGGAGAAUUACAAGAAAUGGUCAAGCCUUGCUCAGGCGUCUCGCUUAUCAGAGGCUGAGCUUGAACAAAACAGUAUUGUGGGUAUGCCAAUGAGUCACAUAGAUGCCACAAUUCAAAGCAUUCAACUCACCAAUCUUCAGGCCACAAGACGUUUACCUGUGUCAAACAAAGGAGUAUGCUUUUUAAAACCUGUGGAUGAGGAUCAUAUGCUCUCUUUAGAAGUAGUCAGUAUUGACCAGUGUGACGAAACAAAUGUAGAUUUAAUGGAGCAAGAACCAAUAAACAAAAUAGAGCAAUACUUCUAUCAGGGGGGGAAAAUUGAUUGGAAGAAUUUGUGGCUGGCUGACAAAAAUCGGUGUGGAGAAGUAAUCAAACGAGAUGCAUAUAGUGACAUUAACAAUAUGUUAGAAGAAAUCGUGCUAAGUAACACAUCGAAAAGGUGCAUUGAAAAUAUCAACAUAUAUCAUCAUCCUGGCAGUGGUGGAAGCACAGUAGCUCGACAGAUUCUCUGGAAUUGGAGGAGCAAAGUACGAUGUGCUGUGGUUAAACAAUCAUGUGAAACACAACACCAGCCUGCAACUGUUUGUGAGCAUGCUGUAAUGCUUAGGAAUUAUCAAGAGGUUGACAAGAAUGCUUGCUUACCUGUGCUUUUGUUGCUGGAGGAUUGCAAUACAGAGUAUCAGGAUGGACUCAGACGAGAAUUAAGCAAUGCUGUUGCUGCAUUGAAGAUUAGUUCCUCAACAAUGUGCUUCAUUGUACUUUGCUGUAAAAGGUCUCUGGAUCCAGAAAAGAUGUGUAAAGCCUUGCCUUUACGCACAGUCGCAGUUACACACAAGCUAUCACAUGAAGAAAAGAAACUCUUCUCGAAUAAAGUAGAAAAUCUCAAGCCAAAGUAUAACCCAGAGUUUAUACUCACAUUUGUUCUCAUGAGCAAAGAGUUUCAACCAUCUUACAUCAAAGACUUUGUAGAGAACCUGCUGAAGGAAAUUGAUCAUUCAUGUCCUCAGACACAGUUGAUCAAAUUUGUGUCACUACUGAACAGCCACAUUCAGAACUCCUUUCUGUCUAUAUCUCACUGUGAGGCAUUCUUAUAUUUAGGGAUUCAACUGGAAGGUGUUCGACACCAUAUGUUUGAAAAUUAUUUAAGUGAGCAAGCCAAGUUUUUUUUCAUACAGCUCAAAUCUAGUGAAACCAAUAUUUCAUCUGUCAGGAUAAUUCAUCCUUUGGUAGCUAAAGAGAUUCUGAAGCAGCUAUCCAGCCAUCAGCCCCAGAGUGCCAUAGCAAUGGAUCUGCUUCAAAACAAAGUGCUGUUUGACCACAGAUAUGGUAAAGAUGAAUUUCAAAAAUUUGUCAGAGAUCUGUUUAUCAAGCGAACCAAAAAAAGCAAGGGAGAUUCGAACGACAGUUGGUUUUCUCCCUUAAUAGAGCAUGUAUGGAAUACAGAGACCGAGGAGAAAGCAAUUGACCUGCUGAAGGUAGCUUAUGAGCGUUUUGAAGAGGACGCUUUUGUUGCUCAACAACUUGCACGACUCUUUAAUGAAAACAGAAGGUUUGAGGAAGCUCAGACUUGGGCUGAAAGGGCAAAGUCUCGUCUCCCACAACACACGUACAUACUUGACACAGUGGGGCAAGUGUACAAAAAAUGGUUUUAUCACAAACACGACGCUAUUCUUGAGAAAGAUCCUAUUAAACCUGAGGACAUUACUGAUAUCAUUGAUAUGGCUCUUAAAGGUAUCAAUGCUUUUAGAUCCUCAGAAAACUGUCCACAGUCCCAAACAGUCUGCUUAAACAACUCUUAUUUUGGAGAAGUUGAUAUUGGAUGCCGAUUACUUGAGCUCCUGGCACAUGUAGACGUUUUUGCCAUAAAGUCUAAAUUGAUGGAUUACCUGCUUACUGACCACAUACCAGAGGAAGUACAGAGACCUUGGCAGAAGUUUCAUAGUUAUUUAAAAGGAAUGAAUAACAGGAUCAGAAAUGCCCUAGAAUGCAUCUGUGAGGAUCUUGCCCGCUUUCAGAAUCACAGUUCUGAGGAAGAAGAGGAGUUAGAUGAAGGAGAACCAGAUGAAGUAAAUCAUCCAAAAAAAUGGCUUCAAAGAAAAUGUGCUGUUUUUGCCAAGUUUUUUAGUGAUAACAUUGAAAAGGAUGAGGCUGUUAAUACUGACACCGAUUCUCCACUGAUAAGACAAAUGAAUAUUUUCCAGCUUGGAGGUGGUAACGUUACAACAAUUCUUUACCUGCUUUCUGACAACAAGAAACAAAGAGCUGGAGAAAAGCUUGAGAAAAUAAUUAGUCUCUUUCCAGCUGACCUAAAAGAUCUUGACAAGACAGAGCUCAUAAACUUCAUCUUCUGCCAAAUAGCUCUCUCUUGUGCUUCACCUGGCUCUGGGAAACUUCUUUCCAUUCAAGAACUUCAAGAUCUCAGCAAACAGUUUUGCGGUGGAAGAUCUGCAUUACCAGCAACUGCAUACUUUCUCCUUUCACUGUUGUUUUGGCCAGAAGACUUAACAGGCAAAGAGCAUUCCACUACAAGAAGUGAUAUUUUCAUAAAGGCAGUAAACUCACUCCAAAGGUACUAUGAAAUGAAACCCACAGCCUCAAGAAAAGGUAGGAUUUUAACUCACUUUCUUCUCGGAAAAGCAAGGGGUCUCAACAAAAUUGUCCACAAGACCACAAUUGAAAAAUUCAUCAAGGGUACCUUGAAUGAGAGACGUCUGAAGUGGCAGGGCGGUGAAGUGUGGACGAACCCAAAUGUUGUGCAGCUGCUAAAACGAGUUGAUGGAUACACUGAAAAUGGAAAUCUGUUCAUUCGCAUAUCUGAUAGCAACAUCAGAGUCAUUCCACUUUUUUCUGCCUCUUUGCCAAAUUCAAAUGAAAACGUAACCUUCUACCUAGGCUUUUCUUUUCAUGGAGUGGUUGCCUUUGACAUCAAGGUUUCACAGUGAAAUUUGAGUUUACCAAUACUUUUCUGAUGAUAAUGAUAAGAACAUCUAUUGAAUAUCUGCAUACUGUUGGGGAAUUUUAUAUUAGAUUAGUUUUGUUCAUUUUUUACAUUGUGAUUAUCCAUGUGUACCACAUAAUAGGAGAGAUUUUUAUAUGUAUAAGAAAACACAAUAAGGAUAUAGAUUUUGAAAGCGCUACUUGCUAGAAGCUUUAUUUUACUCAGAAAAUUACAGAAGGUAUAGCCCUCUUUGCCUUAAGCAUGAAUCACAUUUUACAAGGUUGUUUAUUGUUUCAUGUUUUGAAGAAAUGAACAGGUAGCAUAUAUCAAAUUAUUUAACAUUUAUGCAUGAAAUUAUAUAUGAAAUUUGCAAGUGUAUAGCAAAUAAUUUUUGAGAUUUUUUUUUUAUUUAAAUUACAAAUUUAUUGCUUAAUCACUUAUUUUUUGA